AUCACUGGUGAGUAGCCAAUCUUAAAUUACCAAUUUCUAACAGAAGAAGAGGAAAGGGAAAAGCUAGCUAUCUAACUAGGAGCCUGAAAAUGCAGUCAAGACUUGUGCUUGGAUGGGGCUCAAGAGGUGGAGGCAUCAAAAACUCUGCAGGCAGUGCAACUGCUUGUUGUGCCAAGAAGCCGGAGCUGCUGCGUCUUCUCGCCACCAAGACGCCGGACCGAGCCGCCGUUCAUGGCCUUAAGCGGCCUGUCACUCACAAGAUCAUAAACGAGGAAGAAGUAAAAGAGGAGAUAGAGAAAGCGAAACAGGAGAAAGAAGAGAAGAGGAAAGAGGUGGAGAAGACUGUGGAAUCCCAGCUCGACCGCCCCGAUAAAAUCUACCCUCCUAGUUAACUUUUCAUUGCAAUCAUGUUGUAUGAACCUAGAGCUAUAAUAUACUGAGGCUUCUAUUUUUGGUUAUCUGUUUAUAUGCUUAGAAGACUCGAGUUAUUCUUGGAUGCAAUAUUAUCAUACAACUAACACAGCCAGGAUCAGUUCAUACCUUCAUAUAUAUGGUUGCGUUAAAAUAUAACAUGGUUGACAAAAUGUGUAUAAAAUCUAUUUGAGGAAAAAGGAUGCUGCACUUGGCAAUUGAAUGUAACAUAUUACAGACCUGUAAAAUGUAUAGAAUCUAUCUUCAAUAUC